AUGUCUUCACGCUCGAGUCAGAAGGGCUCCAGCAGCAGCUCGCAUUCGGGAGGAAAGAAGGCACGGUCCUCGCAAAAGUCCAUCAAGCAGCUCAUUGAGUCCCUCGAGACCCACCGCGUCAACACGCUGACGGAGCUGUGCCGUAUCGAAGGAGCGGCCGCUGCGUGUGAGCAUGAGGAAGACGCUCGUGCAUUUCAGGAGCCGAUGACGGCUGCCUGGGUCUACUACGUCGAGAGCAACCAGUUCCUGUCGGAGCUGCGCGGCCUUACACCUAGCUACCCCUUUAGUGGCGAUGUGUUGGCCGAGGCCCAGCGUCGGGUUCGGAAUGACCCAGACUCCAACCGGAGCUGGAACAUGGCCUGGCUGUGUCUCUCCAAGAUCUUCAACGAUGGCCUCAUCUCCUACUACGCAACGUCUGAGGCGAGCAAGCCAGAGAUGUGGGCGGGUUAUGAGCCCACACCGGAGGAGUGCGCACAGCUGGCCCAGUGCUUCGAGUACGAGUGGACACAGGCAGUUACAACUAUGCUGCGCCACUGGUCGGUACCUCCGACGUGCUAUUGA